AUGUUCCUUCGUUCGGUUUACAUUGCAUUGGCCGCCUCCUCCGCCGUGAGCGCUACCUUCUGGAAGCACAAUGGUGGUGACUCGGUCGCUCCUAACCCCAACGGCUACAGUGGCUUCCAAGACUGCGAGUGGCCUACCCCUCAGCCCCCUGUAAAGAAGCCUGAGGACUGCGACGAUGAAACCACCACCGCCCCGCCGCCUCCCCCGAAGCCCACGAAGCCGGAAGAGGACUGUGACACUACGACUCCUACCACUGAGCACAAGCCCGAGACCACUGACUGUGAGGAUGACAAGCCGCCUAAACCUGAAACGGAUUGUGAAACAACCUCGAAUGUGCCGCCUCCUCCCAAGCCCACCACCACCUCCACUCGUCCUGUGCCUCAGCCUCCGGUGGAACAGUCGACGACUAAGCAAACCACUCAACCCAAGCCGACUCCUGAAACGGACUGUGAAACGACCACCAAGCCGCCUCAACCUGAAACGGACUGUGAGACGACCCUGAAGGUGCCGCCUCCUGAAACCACCAGUGAAACCACUCAGCCGAAGCCGACUCCUGAAACAACUACCAAGCCGCCUCAACCUGAAACGACAUCGCUGGUGCCUCCUCCCCCCAAACCCACCACCACCAAGACCCGCCCUGUCCCUCAACCUCCUGUGGAAGUGUCUACUACCGAGGCUACCACUCAACCGUCGUCGACCGUUGAAACCACUCAACCUUCGUCGGCUCCUGAAACCACUCAACCUUCGUCGGCUCCUGAAACCACUCAACCUUCGUCGGCUCCUGAAACCACUCAACCGUCGCUGACCGCUGAAACCACUCAACCUUCGUCGGCUCCUGAAACCACUCAACCUUCGUCGGCUUCUGAAACCACUCAACCGUCGCUGACCGCUGAAACCACUCAACCCUCGUCGGCUCCUGAGACCUCGGCUGAAACCACUCAACCCUCGUCGGCUCCUGAGACCUCGGCUGAAACCACUCAGCCGUCGCUGUCUCCUGAAACUUCCGUUGAAGCCACCACUCAAACUGAGUCGACCUCCGAAUCGGCCACCACCUCGGAAAGCGUGCCUGAAUCGUCGUCGUCUUCGGAAACCGGGCCUGCUCCUGAAUCGUCGGUUGAAUCGACUUCAUCGACUUCGGAAUCUGAAACUCAAUCGACUACUCAGCCUCCUGUUGAAACCACUUAUGAAACCACUAUUUCCAAGAUCACCAUCACUAAGUCUUGCGAACAGUGCGCUCAUGAAACCGUUACCGUCGUCGUGCCUUGCGACGUCGUCCCCACUACUGAGGGCGGAGUUGAAACCGUGUACACGUAUGAAAAGAAGCCGGUGACGACCACAAUCACGUGCCACGACACCAACGUUUGCAAGCCGGAAGUGUCCACUCAAUGGGUGCCUGAAACGACGCCGAUUGUACACACCGAAGUGGUGCCUCCUCAACCCACUCAGCCCCCUGCUAAGCCGGAACAGCCUGAGCACCCUGAACAACCUGAACAGCCUGAACAGCCUGAACAACCUGAACAACCUGAACAACCUGAACAACCUCAACAGCCUGAACAACCUGAACAGCCUGAACAGCCUGAACAACCUGAACAACCUGAACAACCUGAACAACCUGAACAGCCUGAACAGCCUGAACAACCUGAACAGCCUGAACAACCUGAAACUCCUAAGCAACCUGAAACUCCUGGUCAGCCUGAAACCCCCAAGCAACCUGAAACUCCUGCUCAACCCGGUCAACCUGGUCAACCUGGUCAGCCUGAGAACCCUGCUCAACCGACUCAGCCUGAGAACCCUGCUCAACCUACUCAGCCUGGUCAACCUGAAACCCCCAAGCAACCUGAAGCUCCCGCUCAGCCUGGUCAACCCGGUCAACCUGAAACUCCUGCUCAACCUGGUCAACCCGGUCAACCUGAAGCUCCCGCUCAACCUGGUCAACCCGGUCAACCUGAAGCUCCCGCUCAACCUGGUCAACCUGAGAAGCCUGCUUCGCCUGGUCAACCGGAAAAUCCUGCUCAGCCUCAAUCUGAAACGCCUGCUCAGCCCACUCAACCUGGUCAACCUGGUCAGCCCGAGAAGCCUGGUCAGCCCGCUCAACCCGAGAAGCCUGCUCAACCUGAACAGCAACCUCCCGCUCUGCCCGCUGCUCCUGGUGAACAACAACCUCCUGCGCCUGAAGCUACCGGUCAACAACCCCCUGCGCCGGGUGCUACUGGUGAGCAACCCCCUGCGCAACCUGUUUCUCCUGGUGAACAACAGCCCCCUGCGCAACCUGAAACCCCUGGCGAACAACCCGGCAAACAACCUCCUCAGCCGGUAUCGCCUGGCGAACAACAACCGCCCGCCCAGCCUGAGAACCAGCCCACCACCGUGAUCAACUCGCCCGCGCCCAGCGCCACCAAGCCGCCCGUGGCUGGCCAGUCGCAACCUCCUGUUGCCGGCGAGUCGCAGCCCCCUGUGGCCCCUGCGUUCGAAGGCGCUGCUGCCGUCACCAUCCCCCGUCUCCUGGCGGUGGUGAUGAUGAUUGCCGGGGCGCUUGUGUUGUAA